UUUACCAAUUCGAAUGUUUACGUUUUUAACAUAAAUUUUGUCUAUUUACGUUUUACCUUGCUAAUACAAUGAAAACGGCGAGAAUAAUCAUUUGUUUAGUGUUUUUUGUGUUUUCGUAAAAUUUCGCAAAAAACAGGUAUUAUUCAAAAACACUCAAAAAACAUUUUUUACAGAAUUUUGUGUUUUUUCGACUUAUUUUUCUGGAAUUUUACCCUGUGUGGCGAUACCAACAUAAAAAACGCAAAGGCUUUUUAGCAAAAAUAAUAACGAGAAAGUAAUAAUAAAAAAAACUAAUUCCAAAAUUUGACAGGUGACAGUGACAGUGUGGAAAAUGUCAAUAAUAAUAAAAACAAACACCUCUUUUUUGUAAAAAAUACUCAAGAAGAGGGAAACCGGCGUGGAAAUGGCGCAAGAUUACGACGCAAAGAUUAAUUUGCACUUGGAUAUCAAUCACGGUUUGGACAGGGUAACUGAGCUGGUUCAAACACGUUUAAUCGAGUGUGGAUGGCGAGAUGGAGUCAGGCUAGCUUGUAGGAAAGCUAUCACAGAAAAUGAAAAACAUAUGCCCACCGUGGACGAGCUCAUAGCUACAGUAACACCAAAAGCAAGGAGUAUGGUGCCCGACUCAGUCAAAAGAGAACUAUUACAUGAACUAGAAUCAAUUUUGAUAAAUGUAGACAAGUUUGGGUAUAGCAAGAGUUUCUAAUUUAUUUAAAAACACUUUACUGUGGUAAAUUAAUUAAUUAAUUAAUUAUAAUUCAUCUUUUACAAUUGUUCUACAGUCACAGUAAUUUUGUUGUUUCACUUGUUCGACUUUUUCCAUAUCGUCUAAUAUCAUGACUUGACUGUCAAUUUUUUGACUAAAUUGAUGUAAUAAAUGGGCAUGGUAGCAAAAAAUA